AUGCAUAUCCAUCAGCGUGCCCCAAUAGAUGUUGAGGCAAAGCUCGCCUCGCUGACAUUAUCUGAGAAGAUUUCUCUCCUUUCAGGCGCCGACUUCUGGCACACCGUGGCCCUCCCAUCCCACAACAUCCCCUCGGUGAAAUGCACCGAUGGACCCAACGGAGCCAGAGGCGGUCGCUUCUUCAACCCCGUCCCGGGACUUUGCAUCCCCUGCGGAACAGGCUUGGGUGCCACCUGGAAUCCCGACCUGCUUUACGCUGCAGGCCAGCUUCUGUCGCGAGAGUGUGAGGCCAAGGGCGCCCAUGUGUGGUUAGGUCCUACGGUCAACUUGGUUCGUGGUCCUCUCAAUGGACGCGGCUUUGAGAGCUUCUCUGAGGAUCCUUACCUGAGCGGUGUACUGGCUACGGCCAUUAUUCGAGGCGUGCAGAGUCGAGGAACGCUCGCUGCCCUGAAGCACUUUGUGGCAAAUGAUCAAGAAACUGAUAAGAUGUCGACUGACAUCUGUAUGUCUGAGAGAGCCUUACGAGAAGUGUAUCUGAAGCCUUUUCAGAUGGCUGUCAGAGACGGUAAGCCAAAGGUUGUCAUGUCGUCUUAUAACAAGGUCAACGGUACCCACGUUUCGGAAAGUCAGAAGCUUCUAGAUCAAAUACUAAGGAGGGAAUGGGAGUUUGAUGGCCUCAUAAUGAGUGACUGGUUCGGCACCUAUGGAUGCAGUCGUGCGCUCAAGGCCGGCGUGGACAUUGAGAUGCCCGGUCCGUCGAGACACCGCGCUGAUAAGGCCAUCGUGGCCGUGACUUCCGGAAAGGUCUCCGUGGACACGAUCGAUGAAAGAGCAAGAAAUGUCCUCAAGUUUGUCAACAACACAGCGACAGCACGAGUCUCACCAAAAGAGACAACCCGUGAUUUGCCAGAGGAUCGGGCCUUCAAUCGACGUCUCGCCCAGGAGAGUAUCGUCCUUCUCAAGAACUCGGAGAAUAUUCUUCCCCUUCGACCCCAAGACUGUCAAGAAGUUGCUGUUAUUGGCCCGAACGCCAAGCUUCCUGCUGCUUGUGGAGGCGGAAGUGCCAAUUUGCGACCAUACUACACGAGCUCUGUCUUCCAAGGUAUUCGAGAUCAAUUACCUUCCACGGCACGCGUUCACUUUGAGCCUGGCGUGUUCGGGCAUGUUCUCCUCCCCUACUUCACAAGCGAACACGUCGUCGACGAGUUUGGACAGCCAGGGGUAUCUGUCGCCUUCUUCAAUGAGCCCGAUUCGGUCCCGGAUAGAAAACCCUUUGACUCUCAGAACGUUCCAGAUACCACCUACCAGCUGAUGGACUACAACCACCCAGAGAAGAAAGAUGUAUUCUAUAUAUCAAUGCGGGCAAAUUACAAACCAGAUGUCGACGGUCUGUAUGAGUUUGGCCUAGCCAGCUAUGGUGUUUCAAAGCUCUACAUAGACGACCAUCUCGUGAUUGACAACGAGAGAGAUCAAUCCCAUGGCGGUAUGUUUUUCGGUCACGGCUCAACAGAGAGGCGUGGCACUUUCGAGAUGUCGUCAAAUCGCACCUAUCGCUUGCGUGUGGAAGCGGGGAGUGCGCUGACGUCCAGGGUGACUGGAGGGGCGGGUUCAAUGUUACCUCUACCAGGAGGUGCCUGUCGGCUGGGCGGGUGUCUGAAGCUUGAUCCACUUGAGGGAAUUAGUCGAGCUGUGUCUCUGGCGAAGCGAUGCCAUCAGGUCUUUGUAGUUGUCGGCUUCAACUCGGACCUGGAGAAGGAGGGCAUGGACAGAGAUUCCAUGGAACUUCCACCUCACGUCGACGACCUUGUUUCAGCUGUGCUGGAGGCUCAACCAAAUGCCAUAGUGGUUACCCAGGCUGGCAAUCCAGUGGCUAUGCCAUGGAAGGCCAAGACAAUUCUUCACAGCUGGUAUGGGGGCAAUGAGGCCGGAAACGCCGUUGCCGACGUUAUCUUUGGCAAGACAAAUCCCAGCGGGAAGCUGCCAAUGACCUUUCCUAACCGACUUGAGGAUGGGCCUACAUAUCUGAGCUUCGGAAGUGACAACGGCCAGAUAUACUAUGCCGAGGAUGUGUUCGUUGGACAUAGAUGGUUCGAGGCUCGUGGUAUUGAUGUUGCAUUUCCAUUUGGGCAUGGCCUGAGUUACACUACAUUUGCGAUUUCCAAUAUGAAAAUGGAAGGGAAUAACGUACUGGUGGACGUGAAAAAUACUGGGAAUCUGACAGGCGCUGAAGUGCUACAACUAUACGUCACCUUUAACACGGCAAAGUCUGGCAGGAGGUCGAGAUUCUUGCGGUCACUACGGACGCUUGCGGGCUUUCAGAAGACUCUUCUAGAGCCUUCGCAAAGCACAACCGUGGUCAUGUCUCUGGACAAGUAUAGUACGGCUGUCUGGGAUGUUAAGAGUGACAGCUGGUGUCGUGAAGCGGGCACGUACACGAUUUCUGUUGUGAACUCCGGUGGGUGCUUGGAAACGGAUUUGGUUGAAGAGAAGGAUAAUUAUUGGAACGGACCUUGA